GAUACUGAAAGCAUGUCGUCGUCGUCGUCGGUGUCUGAAGAGCUGCACCCGCCGAAGUCGAAGUAGCGAUGUCCGAAACCGACGCCGAAAUCCAGGUCCGCCGUCGCCGCGGCGACGCCGACGUCAGCGCCGACGACAGCAAGCCAUGCGACCGCAAAAAAAGCGCGCUCCUGCUGUGGAGGGACAUGCCGAAACACCUGCAGUUCAACCCGUAUAUCCACACCGGCUACAGGCCGCUGCUGACGGCCUGGGGGUGUAUCAAUAGUCUCUUCUAUUUGCACAAUGAAACGGUCAACAUCGUCACACACGCCGUUCCGAUCCUCUACAUCCUCCUCACGGUGCCUGCGCUUCUUCCAUGGUCGCAAGUCGAGCUGCGCUUCCUGUCAUGGUGUCACUUCCUGGGUAUCCUGUGUCCGUGGGUCGGGAGUUUCGUCUACCACUUGUUCAUGAACCUGGAUAGGAGUUCAGUAGUGUACUACCGGCUGCUCCAGUUGGACAUGCUAGGGAUUUGGAUCAGUCAGAGUUUCGGUGCCAUGCCCAUGGUGAUCGCCACCUCCUACUGCCUCCCCCGGCUGCUCCGCUGGUUCUGCAUCUCCUCGUACUGCCUCCUCAGCCUCUGGGGCCUGUACAAAGCCAUGACCGCGUGGUCUCCGUGGGAGCGGCGCCUGUGCUUCCUGCUGCCAUUCAUCAUGCGCCUCCUGCUGUGGUGCCUGCGCGUGACCAGCUACGGCGGCGGCGAUCCCGCCGCCUUUCAGCACGUCGUCCUGCAGGACGUCGUGUCCAUCUUCGGCGCCGCCAUCGGGGCCAUGCACGUGCCCGAGAAGUGGUUUCCUGGCGCCGUGGACUUCUACCUAAACUCCCACAACAUCAUGCACGUGCUGGUGGUGGCGGCGGUGUACUCCAUGCACGUGGCUACCAUGAGGGACCUGGCGUGGAUGUCACGUGUCACCUGCAACGCGGUCCUCUGAUAAGUAGCACCAGGUUUCGCUUACGCACGUUCCAGGGGGCUCACUCUUUUGGACUCUUUUUUAAUAUGCGUAUUCUAAGUGGGCUCGAGUUGGGGCGCCCUGAAUUUCUUCCGCGGCGCGAGGCGCCGGUUCACUUCGAGUUUCUAAAGUUUUCGAGUUAUUGUGAUAGAGGUUUUAGGGAUUUUAGGGAUUUUAGCGUUUUUAAAUAGACGACAAUAUAGCUGUAGCGGUUUUAAAUAUUGCCAAUUGCAGCGAGGGAGUUGCACCGGGCGGGACAGCAAUAAAAAUCGAUUUUUUUGGUAUGGCGGGAUUGCGUGAGGGCGCGGGGAACACACCCUUAAGUCGUAAAGUCGAUGAACUUCAUCAAAUGUCACGACAUGCUCAACUAAUCGCUACAGUAAAGAAAUUUUACUAUAUUAUACUCGAAAAGUCUAUUUUACAAUUAAGCUACACAUAAACACUGUUCUACCUGACAAAGUUAACGAUAAUGUAGUAUCACGUGUUAAAAAUUAAUUAUUAUUCCAAGACGCACCAUCCGCAAUAGUGGGAUUUCCAUGUCACUUUUAUUACUUCCAAAGAUCUUACAGACCUCCACACUUUAAACUAUAAACACCUAGGAACGACACACAUGUUUGACACGUGACAAACUUCUACAUAAUUUAAUCUUUAGAAGGGUGUACGUAAUAUGGAAAACCUAUCAUAUCAAUAUUGUUAGCAAUAGAAGCAUAUCAAUUAGUAACUGAAAUCAAAAAUGUGAUCAUAAUUUCAGUAAUUCAUUAACGCAAUAAUAUUUUAAACUAUAUACCUAUGUAAAAUAUAAUCUUCCGUUGUGCUUCCAACAAAUUAAGCAAUUCUUCCAUGUUUAAGUGCAAACGGAUGGAAUAAAGUCAUAACACAAACAUGUUUAUGUCAACACUCAGUAGAUAUACAGCUCGCUUUUUAGACCAAUCCAAGUCAAAGAUUUGAAUUUCGCGCCACGCAUGCGCACCCAGUUAAAUUUAAAUUCUAAAAGUGGCACUCUAUAUCUACUUACGUCAAAAGGAACGUACUUUAAUAUUAAAUAAAAUCGAUGUUUGCAAACAAUGGCAGAUAAGUAUUCAUAUAAGUACAAAUUAAUGGAAAAAAUGAAAGGCACUUGAUACGGGUUUCAAUUUCGGACCAAUUUAUUGUUACAGUUAUUAAGGCAACGUCGUCACUCAUUUUUUUAAAUGUGAACAUUUUUUUUUAAGUUUAGUUUCUUUUACUAAAAAACGUUCAUACUGUCGGCUUGAUAACACGCAUGAGUAACAUAAAUUGGUGGAAAAUGAAGCUUUUAGUUUAUCGGAUACCAGUAGUAUUUUUGCACUAGACAGUUUUAUCCUUAUGUACAAAAUUAAAUUUUAUCACCACUGAGAAACCAUGUACAGGUGUUUCUUCUGUCAACAAAAGAGAGUCUAAAAAUAUCGUGACAAUAGAAAAAUGGCUUCAAUAACUUUUCGUCCAGCAGUCGUCAAUUUACAAAUAAAACUGCGAACAUUAUGUAUUAAUGUAGAUCCUCGAUUGUAUAAAGUAGCUCAGAUGGAACAUCCUGUACAUUUUGCAGAGAUUUAAAUUGACUAUCUAAGCAGGCCUUGCUGAGCAAUGGAGUUUCUGUCACUGUUGCUGCCAACGCCUCCUAGAUUACGUUUUUUUUCUGUCGAACGUAAGAAAAUUUGCUCAUAAAUGUUACUAAGUACCCGUUCGAGUUUCAGUGUGACGUUAACUCAGUUUUUACACGACCGGAGAAAAAAAAAAGGAUAAGUGGCGACUGGGGAAAA